AUGGAUCUCCAAGGACAGCCCAUCCCCCCCGGCCAGCGCAGCACCAAGGUCACCUCCGACCCCGAACGCUAUGAGCAGCCCAUCAACGAGCCCUCGGGCCCGGUCACCAACGACUCCCUCGCAGCCGAGUCAGCCACCAAGGGCGGCGCCUACGCCCAGAACCGCGGGGCCCAGCCUAUGGGCGUCGACGGCAAGAACUCCACCGUCACCAACACCGACACCUCGAGCGCCCGCAAGAUCGACCCCAACCACCGCGACACCCAAGACAAGUACCCGGAGGCCCUAGGCGGCCAGGGCAACUUCCCUGGCGCCCAUCUCCCGGAGUCCGGCUACACUGGCGGCUCGACGGCCGCCAAGCAGGAGCUCGGCCUCAACAAGGGCGAGUACUCUGCUGCUGCUUCGGGCAAGCAGCAGUCGCAGCAGAAGAACACCGAUAAGCAAACUGCUGCUGCGCCCGCCAGCGGCAGCGGCUACCAAGGCGGCGUGGCCGGGGUGGCCCCCUCCUACGUCCACGACGUCCUCGAUAACCUGGGCAACACCAAGCCCAAGGGCACCAACCUCAAGGAGGGCGACAUCCCCGACGACGCCCCCAACGCCAGCUACACCACCGACAUCGGCAGCGAGAACGACCCCGGCCGUCUGGCGCAGGGUGGCUUCCAGCUGAAGUCGGCGGAGAGCGGGCCCGCCGGCACCCCCGCCGGCCGCCAGAAAGGCGUCGACAACCAGCAGCCGUUCCAGGCUCUGCAGUCCGACCAGCGCGCUUAG